CGGGAAUGGUCUUAUCUGCUGAACUCACAAUGAUCAACAUUUAGGUUGUAAUGUCUAUUGUAUGGCUAUUAUCAGUUCUUUUUAUCUGUGGUCUGUUUUCUGCAAACGAUUGUUCCAGAAUAUGCUUCUCUUGCAUUGACAAGUCGGAAAACGAGACAUGUGAUAAAGUUGUCAAAUGUGAAGAAAAUGAGGUUUGUUAUGUUCAAAAAUACAAAGGAGCAGAUAACAGAACACGAUAUGAUGUCGGAUGUUCGUACCCAGAGCUAUGCCGUAAAAAUAGUUUAGGUGUCAUAUUUGGAAGACGAUCUGCAGACCAUUACCACGUUUUAUGUCAUCGAUGUUGUACCGACAACGUGUGCAAUGAUGCAUUUUCAUGUAACAACGAUUUUAAAGCUCCUUUGCUGCAGUGUCUUUCUUGUGGUGGUGUCAGCAGUGUUGAUAACUGUAACAGAACUGCCGUAUGCGGCCAUGAAGAGGUUUGUUUUAUUCAAAAGUACAGGACAAUGAAGAAUGAAACACAUGUUGAUUUGGGGUGUAAGGCUUCUACAAUGUGCAUGAACGGGUUAACCUCCGAUAACAAUGGACGACGUUCAGAAGAGGAACGUCACUUACUAUGUGAGACAUGUUGCGGGGGAACAUCUUUGUGCAAUCGUAACCUAGAUUGUAGUCAUCACCUUCAAACAUCCAUAAAUACCUCAUGCAAUUCUACAAGUAGUUGUCAGAGCAAUUUAAUUUGUCAUUUUGGAAAAUGUCAAUGUCCAAAUACAGACUAUUUUUGGUCUAUAAACACGUGUCACUUACUCAAACAAGGAAAUCAUAAUUGUUCGUCAAGUUAUGAAUGCAGACAACCACUUCGAUGUUUUGAGAACAUGUGUACAUGCCAAAAAGAAAGAUUUUGGAAUGGUUCCACUUGUCUACAAAAGAAAACAUUCCAUAACACGUGUAAAUUGUCGACAGAAUGCUUGGAAACUCUUUUUUGUAUUCAUGGCGUUUGUAAAUGUGACCGACUUGAUUAUUGGACUGGGCACAACUGUUCUGCAAGGAAAACUAUAAAAUCGACAUGUGCGAAAACUGAAGAAUGUAAAGACUCUCUGCAUUGUUUUAAUGGAAUGUGUUCCUGUUUAGGAAGUAACACUGGUUUAUGGGACGGACAGAUUUGUAGACCAAAAAGGACAAUUGGUGAACCUUGUUCGCGUAACGAUGACUGUAAAUCUAACCUUUAUUGCAAUAGCAGUAAAUGCUUUUGCGAUGUGUUCUGGGACGGUGAUAUUUGCUCAGGACCUACUGAAUGUGCAGACUUACAAUUUUUUACUGAUGAUGUCUAUGUUAUAUAUACAAACCAAACGACUCCAAAGGCUGUAUAUUGUAUUAUUGAAAGUGGAUUAAAAUGGACGGUUAUUCAGAGACGAUUAAAUUUCUCAGAGAAUUUCAAGAGAAACUGGCAAGAGUACAAAAAUGGAUUUGGUGACGUACAUGGAGAGUACUGGCUUGGGAAUGAUAUCAUUCAUAUGAUUUCACAAAACGGUAGACAUAAAAUUAGAAUCAAGCUGGAGAAGCACACUGGAGAAAAAUUCCUAGCAGAUUAUUCAACCUUCCGAGUAAGGGACGAAACCAGUAAAUAUCUGCUCAACAUAACUGGCUACACAGGAACUGCAGGUGACAGCAUGGAUAACAUUAAAGGAGGGAAAUCAAACGGAUAUCCUUUUUCAACAUAUGACGGAGGGUCAAGCUGUGCCACGGGUCAAGGUGGAGGAUGGUGGCACUCGGAUUGUGGUUGGUCAGAUCUGAAUUCUGAUGUUAACAAUAGAUUUAAAUGGUAUUUUGAUUUAGGUGAAACUAGCAUGAUUAAGAGCGUGAUGAUGAUAACUAAAUAUUGAAACUAUAUUAAUAUAGUAGAACACUAGUUGUACAGCUUCAAAGAAGAAUGUUUAAAGAAUUAUUACUUAUAUAUACCUUUAAAUAAAAU